AACAGUUCAAGCUUGUAUGUCCAUAAAAUUGACAAGUUUAACAUAGAAAAAACUCAAUAACGAUCAAUUCAAGGUUUUCAUCAAUUGGAGGGCUUCAUCAUAUCCCAUGGAAGAACAAUAUCCAUUUGUUAGGUUUGUUUUCAUUAAUGUCCUUGAAACGAAACGCUAUUUUUAACUCUCAAACAAGGUUAGAAGUUAAGAGAGCUAUAACUUUCUCGUCAAACCUGUUGCACUUUUAGGAUAAAGCAGAAAGAAUUAUAUAAGAAUUUUUUGUGUACAAAAUAAUGCCUUUUAUUUUUGUUUUUAGAAUUUCGCCCACAACGUGUCAAAUCGUAAGCAAAAACUGGAUGUUAAAAUUUUUUGCAAAUAUUUUUGUCUUAACGUCUGAUUAGAUAGGUUAUCAUAUCAUAUUUCACCUGUGGUAAGAAGACUGUCAAUCUACUGUUAGUGAUAAAUUGCUUAAUAUUUGACGAGUAGAGAAUACUUUUUCUCUACGAUCGCUAAAAAUGGCGAUUUUUAAGAUGCACAGUUCACCUAUUUGUCCAGCUUGCCGCUCAGUAUUAAUGGCAGCUGAUUACCUGAGAUUGGAAAUCGAUGUGAUCAGUUAUAAUUUAAGUACAGGGGAAUUCAAGACCCCAGAAUAUAAGAAGAUGAAUCCAACUCUCACACUUCCUACUAUCGAAGAUGAUGGAUUUUAUUUGUAUGAAGGUCGAGCUGUUCUGGCCUACAUGUUGAAUAAAUAUGCUCCAGAAAGUCCUGUUUAUCCAAGCGACCCUGCUGAAAGAGCUGUAGUGGACAGAAUGCUUUAUUUCGAUAGUGGAACACUCUACAGAACUCAGUGGGGUGUUAUGACGCCCAUGGUGUAUCAAAAUAAACCUGCAGAUCCUGAAAAAGUGAAAGAUUUUGAAAAUACUUUCAAAUUGCUGAACGGCUUUUUAGAAAAAACGGCUUACGUUGCAGGAAAUCACAUUACCAUAGCAGAUUUUGCCAUCGUUGCGAAUUUAUCAUCCAUUAAGUUUUGGUUGGAUUAUUCAUUUGAUAAAUACCCAAAAAUAUCUGCCUGGAUGGCAAAAAUGAAGAAAGAAGUCCCAUCCUACGUGAAAAUCAAUGAGAUUCCUGUUAAGGAAUAUAAAAAAGUCUUAACAAAGAGACUUCAGUCAAAUAGCAGUUGAAUAUUGAAAAAAGAAAACGAAUGUAUUGUUGAAAGAUUUAGUUGUUAAAAAGUAGUUUGACAACUU